GCCGCCCGGGGUCACACCCUUCCCAGCCUCCCCCCCCCUCCUCCCACUGUGCCCGCCAUGUUCUGGAGGAGGAGGAGGAGAUACGUGUAGCCUUGGCUUUAGCUGGCUUAGCAUUAGCAGCACACGGCUAAAGGCGGAGGCGCAACAAGCUCCUCGGACGCCGAAAUAAGUGAUCUCCCCCCCCUAUUUGGGACGCUCCUCGGAUCCGGCGUUCGCUCGUGUAUGGGUUUAAAUCCCGGGAUUGAAAGCGGAAGCUGACGGAAGACACGGUGAUGGCGUGGUCAUGUGUACAGCCAGCGCUGUAUGUGUGGAGAUGGUUUUAACAGACGUUGUUCUGGAGGACUCAGGAACACUGCACUGGCCUGGAAGAGCCUCAUAAACAAUCCCACCUGUAGACAAGAAGAUUUACACAAACACUCUGCUGUUGUGCUGGAAGAUUGGACAGAGACACAAGGACACACCACACAGGCACGCCAAUUCACAUCCUGCGUGUUUGUGAGUUAGCAGCCCGUCACGCAAUUCUAUCUCCUCUCCUGUGUGAGACUGUACAUUUCCCCCCCCUGUCUGUCCCAUCUCCACCGCCACCAUGCCGAGCUCCACCAUCCGCCGGCAGAUGAAGAACAUGGUGAACAACUACUCUGAUGCAGAGAAGAAAGUGAGAGAGUCCACUUCCAACGACCCCUGGGGCCCGUCGUCUUCUCUCAUGUCCGAGAUCGCAGACCUCACCUACAACGUGGUGGCCUUCAGCGAGAUCAUGAGCAUGAUCUGGAAACGGCUCAACGACCACGGCAAGAACUGGCGCCACGUCUACAAGGCGCUCACUCUGCUCGACUACCUGAUCAAGACGGGCUCGGAGCGAGUGGCGCUGCAGUGCAAAGAGAACAUCUUUGCCAUCCAGACUCUGAAGGACUUCCAGUACAUUGACAGGGACGGCAAAGACCAGGGCAUCAAUGUCAGAGAGAAGAGCAAGCAGCUGGUGGUCCUCCUCAAAGACGAGGAGCGCCUCAAAGGAGAAAGGUCUCAGGCUUUGAAGACCAAAGAGCGCAUGGCCCAGGUGUCCACAGGCGGCAGUCAGAUGGGUUUUGGCCGAGGCUCGUCUCAGCCCAACCUCUCCACUUCUUACAGCGAAGAGUACGGCAGGUCAGAGGGCUCACCUGCCUCCUACCAUGGCUCCACGUCCCCCAAUGCGGGCUCAGAGCUGGAGCAGGCCCGACCCCAGACCAGCGGAGAGGAGGAGCUACAGCUGCAACUCGCUCUCGCCAUGAGCAGAGAGGCUGCAGACCAGGAGGAUCGCAUUCGCAGAGGGGAUGACUUGAGACUACAGAUGGCCUUAGAGGAGAGCAAGAAAGGGGGUCCAGGUUCAGCGAAACUGCCCAAAAAGAAGAAAGAGCCACAGUCAUCUCUACUGGAUCUGAUGGAUGUCCCAGCGGCUGGUGCCAGUGCCGAUCCCUGGGGUCCUGGAGCUCGGGCCAGAGCAGCAGCCGGAGCCGGAGCCGGAGCUGGAGCCGGGGCUGCCGCUGCAUCAGCAGACCCCUGGCAGUCUUAUGGGUCUUCCCCUAAGCCAGCAGCCCCAGUUGACCCUUGGGGUGUGCCGCCUUCGGUCCCACCCAUGAAGAGCAGCGACCCAUGGGCAAACUCCGCUCCUGCCGCUGACCCCUGGGGCUCUGCAGCAACCCGACCCAAGACAUCCAAAACAGGUAGCUUCGACCUGUUCAAUUCAUCCAAUGGUACGUCCAAAGAGGACUUCUCAGAGUUUGACAGCCUGCGCUCCUCCUCCUCUGUCCCCACUGGUGAUGGGGGUAUCACCUCCUCUAUUCUCUCCCAAGCCAGUCUCGCCAGCAGCGGCAGUCUGGACCUCUUCGACCACAUGCCCACAUCUAUGAACACGAACCCAACCAGAAAGACUCCCGAGUCCUUCCUGGGUCCCAACGCAGCCCUGGUGAACCUGGACUCCCUGGUGACCAAACCAGCCCAGCCCCCGCCAGUCGUCAACCCGUUCUUGGCUUCGACAGGUGGCACCGCUCCAGUGUCAGCAGCAGCCGCCCACGCCAACCCCUUCCAAGUAAGCCAGCCUGCUCCCCCCACCCUCAACCAGAUGCGGGUCAGCCCCAUGCCCUCGGGCUUCGCCGCCAUGCCUGAGUCCAUUGGCCUCUCCGCCAUGCCGGCCCAGCCAAUCACCAUGGUCCCUGUGGCAGGGAUGGCUCCCAUCGGGCGCGCGAUGCCCGGUAUGGGGGUCAGCGGAGGUUUGGGGAUGGGAGCCUCCAUGUCCAUGCCUCAGCCCCUGAUGAGCAUGCCCCCCCAGGGGCAGUCCACAGGAACCACCAACCCCUUCCUUUUGUGAGGGGGCUGACUGGGGGGGACGAUUUGCCCCAGAGUUACCCCUCUCUUCUCCCUCUCUCUUUUCCACUUUUGGCUCCUUAAGAAGCUUAAAAAUGAACAAGGAGAUGUCUUAUAUCCCAUUUAUUCCCUUUAUAACCAUCUCCUACCCAGGUCAUAGUCCCGGCCCGCCCUCCUCCUAACAUACCACACUCCUUUCUCUGGUUUCUUUGUCUCUGUGCUAAAAGCUGCCUAGUCCUGUGUGUUCCAUGCUGAUCUGACGACGAUGUUGGUGACCACAGAGAGUUUGCUUCUGUCUACAGACUUACAGAGUAGCAGUGGUGUUUACAGUUUAUUUCCACAGAGGCCCGUCAGGGCCCAGACUCUCAUCCUCUGUCCUCCUCUCUCACCUGCCUCCGGUUCCUUACUUCCUCCCGUAGGACCUCUCCUUCUCUUCUUCUACUGCGGGGGAGUGACGGGGAGAAUAACUGUACUAAUACCAGGAUCUUAUCUCUUCACUAAAGCUAAUCUUUUAUAAGCCCUGUCAGCUGGUGUGUCUGUUGUUGUGUGUCUAUGUGUGUUUCUCUGUAUGUGUGUGUGUGUGCGCACAUCUCAGUACUUUUACACUGUGUAUAUUCCAGUGGGUUUUACUUGCACACUGGAGUAAGGAUGAGAGAUGGGUUUAUACUCUGUGUGUAUGGGCGUGUGAUACUAAGCAGGGAUUUUGCACAAUUUUUUGCUUUUAUUUUCUGCGACUGUUGGGCUCACCAUUACACCUUAGCUUAGGGAGGGUGGCUCGCCCCUAAAGCGACAGAGACGACGACGACAACAACACACUGCCUCGACUCUCGGUACCACUCCGUCUCAACUCUCGUCUGGUCACUUCCCAUCACCAUGGACACUUUUCCUGACCUUUUUGCAUAAACUUUGACCUCCAGGAGUCACAGGAUUAACAACAAACUCAUCGACAACAGAUGAAAAGAUGUGUAAAUACUAAUUUUGUGUAUGUACACGCGUGACCUGGCAUUAAUGCUCAGAUACUAACAGCCACGCUGUAAAUUAAGUGUCACUUCCCAGUGUGUGUUUAGAGAAAAUGACAUGAACUGUGAUGGCAUCAGUAUUUUACUGUGUGAUUGGCAGUGGACGGUUUCCCCCUGUUUUAGUUUGUUUCUAGGGUCAAAGGGAAGAGGUGGGUUUUGUGUGUGUGCGAGCAUGAGAAACAUUUUAUGCUUCCAAGUUUCUUUUAAUGAGCAGGUUGUCAUUUUUCUCUAAAGAAUCAAAACAAAAGAUAACGUAGACAUUUGCAGCCUUGAGUGUUUGUGUGUGUGUGUGUAUGUGCUAGCAAUUGUUACAUGUGUGUGCGUGCACGACCAUAUAUCAACAGGGGUUGGAAAGACAUGUCUGGGUUCAAAGGUCAGCCAGUCAGCAUUGUGACGACAGUUUACCUCUGAGUGGAUUUACUGUGGCUAAUCUAUCUGAAAGAACAUUGUCUGGUGGACUCGUACACACACACACACACUCACACACUUAAGGGUUGCUCAAGGGUCGGUGUAUUCAUAGCCAGGGAAUCCUGCAGCACACAGCAGCGAGACGCGUCUUGUAAACAAGCAUUUUUUGUUAUUUUUUUCUGUUAUUUGCUCAUUAGAUGUAAAUUCCUAGCCAGGCCUUUCUGAGUCGUGGAGCUAGCUAAGCCACGUAUCAUUUUCAUUCUCUUCUUUUGUCUCCGGUCUGUCUAGUUCUUUGUUUCUUUUCUCACCCUGUGGGUCGGCUUUUGUAAUUCUCUUCCCUUAGAAGCACAACUGUUACCAAAGUCAUAGCGACUGUGAUUUGCGAGGACGUUGUAUUUGAACAGUAGGGUCACACUUCACUGACAUGCUUUUGUUGUUCUGUUUUGGGAGCUCACACCAGCAGAGACUCCAUACAUUUUUUUAUAUUUUCACUGCUUUUAUCUCCCCCCCCCC